AGUGUAUCAACUUCACUGUGGUAGCCUGUAUCCCUUUUAAACGUGGUCACAUGGUAUGGUAGAGUGUAUCAAACUAACCUUGUAAUCUUGAAAGGUUAAUUAGUCAAUACCUGGAAAUGCAAGCUAAUAAAUAACACAAGACCGGAAAACCUACAACUUGGGCCGACCUGAUAUUCUCGGAAGACAAGAGCUUCACUCGACCGUAAAGGUGAGUUGAGUAAGGUCAUAUUGUACUAUACUCAGGUUGUAUUGACGUUACGAGAGCGAUGAUGAUUGAUAAGGCAAGUGUGACCCACGGUUAGAUAUAUUAUGGAGCGGACUUUACGAUUGUUGUUGGUGAUUUUGUUGGUGAUGCCGUCGUCUCAUGUUGUCGACGCCACAGCCAUUAACGCCAGAACCGCCUUAAUACAGGGCCAAAGGUCAUCAAUUUUGACCAAUUCUAGCCAGAACUCUGUCGUUUCUGCUGAUAUUCCACAAAGUCUAGAUUUGACCAAUGGGAAUCUGCUUGGCUUAUCAAAUGGUAUUGGCCCAUAUAAUACUCUCGGGCUGCAUCUUGGAGAUGGAGAGUCUAGAAGGACAUAUGAUUCUGUGGAGGCAAGAUUGUUUCGAAACUUCAAACAGGCAAACGGCGAAAUGCGAUACGUUAGACCAAUCAGUCAGAACAGCACUGGUGAAACACGCAUCAACGUCUCGUUGUCGCUUCUGAAGAUAAACGAUAUGGUUGCUAAAGAUGAAAAGUUGACAACAACUGUUCGACUCAAAGUUGAAUGGGAUGACUAUCGGCUAAGUUGGAACAAGACAAACUAUGGAAACUUAGACGUCAUUCACCUUCCUCUAAACAUGCUUUGGAUGCCUGAACUUGAGAUUAUGAAUGGGUACAGGUUCACUCACAUAGACAUAUCUGAGCACAAGGCCAAAGUUUCAUCAAACGGGACCGUUUCUAUCAGCCGCGUGAUGCAUCUAGCCACAAGCUGCACUCUUAACCUCACGUUAUAUCCUUACGAUGACCAAACUUGCGACAUCAAUAUCGGAAGUUGGAACUGGAACGCUGAAGAACUACUAUUCGUUAAUGACGGAUUGUCCGUUGACAAUUUUGAGUUGAGUACGCUGUGGGCUUUGAUUGGAACUUGGAACAAAUCGCAUAUUCUCCGCAAUAAAGCAGAGAGUGAUGGCUACAGUUACGUGGUGUUCACGCUAUUUUUGGAGCGUCAGUCCUUGUCGUAUAGCGUUCACUUGAUAUGGCCAACGAUCCUUAUUGCUAGCCUGACCCCUCUCGUUUUCUUCAUGCCAGGCGAAUCCGGUGAAACUAUACAAUUAGCUAUAACCCUUCUACUAACGUUUACAGUUUAUUUAUUUUAUGCUGCUAGUAAGAUGCCUGAGAAUUCUAGUAGUGUGCCCAUUUUUGGCUAUGUUCUCAUAUAUCUUCUUAUGUUAUCGGCGUUCUCCGUCCUGCUAUGUGUUAUAUUAUUGAUCUGGCAUUACCUUGGUGACCAUGAGAAAAAAUUGCCCUGUUGUAUAGAGGGAUUUAUAUUUGAUUGGAUACGGUACAUUGUUUGUACAGAUCCACGCACUUUAGAGAGCCCCAAAGAGUUACAAAAAACGACGAGAGCUAUGUCUAAUCCAUCAUCGCCUAACUUCCGCUCUAUACCCUCUUCAAGCAGACCAAAGUCAAGAAACUGCAAUACGAGUUCGUAUCCUAUUCGCAUUCCGGCUAGAUUACCAGAAGAUAUUAAUAUGAAUGAUUGUGAUCCAGGGCCUUCUUCGCUCAAAAUUGGUGGGAACGCGCAAAUUACUUCAACACAAGGAAUCAAUGACAACAACAACGUUGUAGAUGAUGUAAUUGACGAUGCACCAGUCAGUAUUCGCACGUACAAGAACGCUGCCAAGAUUUGCGGACGGUUUAUUGGUGGCUUGUAUGUUGCGGUGAUUGUAAUAUGUACCAUUUUAGGCCUUAUUAUAAUUCGAAACCUGCCUUCGGAAUGUUGGAAGAAUAAGGAUGAAUGUACGCCUGUACCGGACAAUACGAUCAAUUAUUGGCAGGCAAUUCUCAGACAAUUUCAUGAAAUAAAUCUGACCUAAUAUAUAAACUUUUUUUUGUAAUUCAGACAUUGCCAGUUAAAGACUAGCCCGAGCACCGAUCCGGAUCAAACAUCUAUUUGAAGGAAUCAGUCCCCAUAACAUGGACUUGCAAAUUGACGAUUUUACUGCGUUAUCAUAUUUACAAGACCUCCUGUGGGUAUAUAUUUACAGAGCAGAUGAUAUCGCUAUGUAUCCUAGAAUAUCUAGAUGGUCUGCAAUUAGUAUGUUUUAAUAAUUUCCUAUCUCUGGGUAAGAGAUAGGAUGAUAAGUUAAAUCUUUACUUAUGUAAAUAUGUUCGUGUUUCAAGUUUGUGUUUGUUAAAAAAGCAAUGAUAUGCAC